AUGGCUCUUGCACUUGCAACAACUAUCUCUCCGAAUACUUGUCCAACUAGUUAUCAUGUGUUCUUGAGUUUCAGGGGUGAUACUCGCAAGACUUUUACUGACCACCUCUACACAGCCUUUGUCAAUUCAGGCUUUCGUACGUUUCGAGAUGACGACGAACUUCCAAGGGGACAUGAUAUCAAACCAGAACUGCGGAAAGCCAUCGAGCAGUCACGAAGUUCUGUUAUUGUGUUUUCACAAGACUAUGCGUCUUCCGGAUGGUGCCUUGAUGAGCUUGUGAUGAUCAUGGAACGCAAGAGGACCCGCGAUCACAUAGUUUUACCUGUCUUUUACGAUGUCGAUCCAUCCCAAGUAAGGAAGCAAACAGGAAGUCUUGCAAAAGCAUUUGCUAGACACGAAAGAAAUCAUUCCUUGAAGGACAAGGUGAAGCGAUGGAGGGCGGCACUCACAGAAGUUGCAGAUCUAGCAGGAAUGGUCUUGCAAAAUGAAGCCGACGGGCACGAGUCUAAGUUUAUCAAGAAAAUUGUAAGGGUAAUGAAAGAUAAACUAAGGCGCAUUCCCUUAAGUGUUGAACCCCACCUAAUUGGAGUAGAUUCUCAAACGGAAGGCAUCAAUUUAUGGUUACAAGAUGGAUCAGCUGAUGUUGGCAUACUUUUAAUUCAUGGGAUGCGUGGGAUAGGAAAAUCAACCAUAGCGAAAUUUGUUUACAACUCAAACUUUCAAAAAUUUGAGAGAUGCAGUUUCCUUGAAAAUGUCAGAGAAGUUUCAGAACAAUCAAAUGGCUUGCUUCGGCUACAAAAACAACUUCUUAGUGAUAUUUUGGGUGCAAAUGAAGUGAAAAUACACAAUAUUAGUGAAGGGAUGGCUAAGAUUGAAGAUUCUAUUAGCUCUGAAAGAGUUUUUCUUGUUCUCGAUGACGUGGAUCAUGUGGACCAAUUAGCUGCAUUACUGAGGAUGCAAAAUCGAUUUCAUCCAGGAAGUAAGAUCAUCAUAACAAGUACCUGUGCGGGAUUGUUGGGAGCUCACUGCCAAUUUGCUAAGUUGAAUGAGGUUAGAAUUCUGGGUGAGGAUGAUUCAUUAGCGCUCUUUAGUUGGCAUGCUUUUGGACAGGACCAUCCCAUUGGAAGUUAUACUGAUUACUCGAAAAGGGUAAUAGAUCAUUGUGGAGGACUUCCACUAGCUCUUAAAGUUUUAGGUUCUUCUUUAUCAGGAAAGAAUCUAGUUGUCUGGGAAAGUGCAUUGAACAAACUGGAAGCUAUUCCAAAUGGUGAAAUAAUGAAGAAACUCAAAAUAAGCUAUGAUUCCCUACAAGAUGAUCAUGACAGAAACUUAUUCCUUCAUAUUGCAUUCUUUUUCAUCGGAAUGGAGAAAGGUAUCAUUGUUACAAUCUUAGAUGACUAUGAUUUCUUCACAGAGGUUGGCAUUCAAAAUCUCAUUGAUAGAUGUUUGGUAACCACUGAUAAAGAUAACAAGCUGGUGCAAAUGCAUGACAUGAUUCGUGACAUGGGAAGAGAAAUUGUUCGUCUAGAAUCCAAGGAGCCAGAACGACGUAGUCGAGUAUGGCAUCAUAAGGAUUCUUUCAAAAUAUUGUCCGAAAAUAUUGGCACCCAAACAAUUGAAGGACUUGUUCUCAACAUGCAAAUGCACCCUUCGAGAAAUUCAAGUAAGGUAGUAUUGGAAACCAAUGCAUUUACAAGGAUGCACAAACUAAGACUCCUCCAACUCAGUCAUGUGCAGCUCAGUGGACGCUACAAAGAAUUUCCUGCAGGACUAAGAUGGCUUUGUUGGAUUAAAUUUCCUUUAGCUUCCUUGCCCGCUGAUUUUCCGUUGGAGAGCCUUGUUGCUCUUGAAAUGUGUUAUAGUAGUUUGAGACGACUUUGGAGGGGAACAAAGAGAGACUCAUUCUUGAAGAUUGUGCAAGAUUGAUAAAUGUUCAUGAAUCCAUCGGAGUCCUGAAGAGGCUUAUUUAUUUGAGUAUGAAAGAUUGCAAAAAUCUUAGGAAGCUUCCGGAGAACAUUUCUAUCCUAACCUUCCUUGAAACACUUAAUAUCUCUGGUUGCUCAAAUCUUAGAGAGUUUCCGACAGAAAUGAUGAAGAUACAGUCGUUGAAAGUGUUUCAAGCAGAUGGAGUUCCAAUACAUCGGUUACUAGUCACUACCACCAGGGAGGUCGUACUGUGUCCGACUGUAAAACUUUCUUGGGCUUCUUAUCUACCACGGAAUUUAGUAAACUUGAGUCUAAAAAACUGCAAUCUUUUGGAUGAUGAUUUUCCUAGUGAUGUUGCAAAUCUAGUGUCGUUGCAAAAAUUGGAUCUCAGCAGGAACCCAAUUUGUAGGCUGCCGGAUUGCAUCACAGGUGUUACCGGCCUCCAAUAUCUUAAUUUGGAGCAUUGUACAAAGCUCAAAUCACUUCUAUGGCAAUCAACAAAAUUAGUUGAAUUGAAGCUGUUCGGGUGCGCCUCAUUGGAAAAUAUAAGAUAUCAACCUUUACCGAUGAGACUUGCUCAUGGUUCGAACUCCAAUCUUGUUAAGUUUCAGGAUUUUUUUAUGUUGGAACCCAUUGAAAGAGUUGAUAAAGAAAUGCUAAAAGUUUUGAGCUUAGGAAACCUGGAAUCCCUGGAAAACUUUGUGAUGGACACAGUAUCUGAUGAAACCUCUAUAUGGAAAGGAAGAAUGCAUCCUCUGCAGGUCUCUCUCCAGGGACUGUACGAAGAUGGUGCAUUCACCACAUUCCUUCCUGGAAACGAAAUUCCAGGCCAGUUCAGCUAUAGAAGCAGAGGGUCCUCUGUAUCCUUUACUGUGCCUUUACUUCCCAAUCUCAAUAUACGAGGGCUGAAUAUCUUCUCGGUCAUAGCACAAUCAAACACCAAUGAUUCUGAUCCUAUGACCAAUAAUGUCAAUAUUGAUGGUUCAUAUUAUACGACAUUGACCAUUGUGAUUAGUGAUUAAUAAGAGCAGGGGGCUGAAGUGAAUCUAUGGUCCACAAUUCUCUGGCGUUCCAGGUGAAGGAAAAGAUGUGAGUUUGGGAAUCUACUGAAAUGUGGUUAUGAGGUGACUAUUUUAAUAUAUACAAUAUCUAAUUUCAAGGUAAAGGAGUGUGGCAUCCAGCUUGUUUACUACGAUGAGGAAAAUCAAGAGAAGAUAAGUAGUACCCAACUUGUGGCCUCCACCACGGACAAUCCUUAUUGGAUCCAUCCUUGUUUCCUACGAGCUGGAGUUUCGUCAACAAUACGUUUUCUUCCGGAAGAAGGAAUUAUUAAGACUGUAGGAUUGGAAUGUACCGAUCCUAAUUUAGGAUUGAAAACUGAUCGCAAGCCUAACACAAGACUGGAAACUGAUACCAGUCUGAACUCAGGAUCGAAACACUCUUGCAAUCCUAUCAGACAAGUGGACAAACAGACAAGCAUUGCAAAGGACAACCAGACAAAAGAAUCUCUCCUAACCAAAAGUCACAUGUCAAGACUGCAGCUUUGCUGCACCCAGCUCACAAGCAUGACUGUGCUUACAAGCCAUACAAGAGAUAAACCUUCACUACAUAAUGCCUUAUGAUCUGUCAGGAUUUGUACGAGAGUUUCAAUCACCAUACACCUGUAUUAGCAUAGCUUCAAACCAGUGUAUAAAUACCAUUGUAAAGAUGAACACUUCAGUUGAGAAUGAAUAUACAAAGUUUUACAUCAAAGUCUUAUUCUUUCUAUAUUUCAAUAUGAAUUUUAGCUUUUCUAUCUGGAAUAACCUUCCGAUGCUACCGCGAAGGAAUUGAAGGAAAUGUUGACGUCAUUAGGGAUAUCAAUGAAAAAUCAGGUAUAUGCAUCCGUGUUUUCAAAGGCGUCGCCGAGGCGAGCCCGGGGCGCGCUCCAGUGUGAGGCGACCAGAAAAAACCUCGCCGGAUCAAACUGAGACGUGCUGCUGGAAAAGCGGUCGCCCAGGCGAUGGAGCGUCGCUUUUUUGCAGAAGCGGCCCCUCAGGCGGCAGUGCGAGGAAGAAGAAGACGCGAGGAUUGAGAAGCAAAGUCGCAGGUCACUCUGGUCUCUGUGGCUUCUAGCGAAGGAAGGCGAGAAGAGUUCCACACCGAAACGAUGACGGAUGAGGCGUCGGGGAAUCUGGAGUACGAUUUCUAUUGGAACCCAAAAAAGUGAAGGCAGAGACCAUUGUGAGGUCGAAGAUGGCUUGGAUUUACGGCCAGCAGAGGAAUGUCUCGGCUCAGUUGCUGCGUCUCUUUUUCCAUGACUCCUUCAUUGAGAGAAAGAAGAGCAAGAGGGGGACCUCAUCCUCACGCUUGCAGCACAGAGUGGCAGCAAUAGCAAUAAACGAGGUUUCAUCCGCAGAGGUUGGAAGGGGACCAUGAUGACCACUGUCUUCCUUCUUUCUCUUCCUUUAGUUGCUCGCUCUUCUCUCUUCCAGCUGCAUGCGAAAGAAACAACAGUCCACAAGCUCUCCAUGAAUUUGUUGUAUUAAACUAUUAACUGGCCUGACGUCUUAAUGAAACUCACCUGAAAGUAUAUAUCUGAAUAACUGGAUUUUUAUUUGUUGGUCUUGUUGUUUCUUUCUUCAUGCAUACAGCUUUUCUAAUUGAUUGAUAGAGCUUUGAUAUGUUUGCAUUUUCGUAUCCCACUAUUAGUUUCCUAGUGAAAAUGACGAAAGCAUGGAUUUAACUUCUCUAUGACAAAUUGAUCUAUGCUUUUUAAGUUGUGAUUAUGAUAUUUUAGCUUUACGAGUUCUUAUCGUUGUUGAUAACAUUUGUAAGGCGCUGCUGUUCACUAUACACUGUUGGAUAUAUUGAUGAAAAGUAGGAGAACGGAGAAAGUGGAAAUAGAAUAAAUAAAACAACUUUGAGGAUAACACAAUGUUUGGAAUUUGUGAUAUAGCAGAAUCGAGGAAUUCCCUUGGAAAAUACUAGAAGGAAAUUUUAUGGUUAUAAGAGAAGAAGAGGGAGAAGAUAGGAGUCAAUUGCAAAAUGAUUUGAUGAUUGAAUCUGGUGGCAUGUACGGUUGUUUAUAUAGAGAUCAAGAGGUGUCAAAUGCACCAUUUCAAUAUAAACAUAAUUGUUCAAUUUAAAGGUAUGUACCUCUUCAUAAUUUUAUCUUGUCUGUUCACUAUAAUCAUAAAUCUGAUUAUGUAUAA